AUGACACCUGAAGAGAAGGCAGCAGAGGAUAAGAGAAGAAGAGAGGCUAGGAAGAAUAGGAUUCUAGGUAAUCCAAGUGGAAGGAUAGGAUUCAUUGCUGAUCAGGUGAAGGAUCCAUCACAUACACCUCCAAAGAAGAUUGAUGAUGAUGAUGAUGGAGAUGAUAUUGGUUCAGAUGGUAUCCUAGAACAUCUAACACAACAACAGAUAAAUGCGUUGACUGCUGAUCAAACAUUCACAGGUCAAGGUCAGAGACCAACAAGAUCAAACAAGAAGUCAAGUUCUGCAUCAGGCAGCGCAUCAACAUCAACUGUCAAGAAGAGUACAAUCAAAGAGUCAUUCAGAUGGAUAGGUGCAAUUACAUUCGGAAUGAUAUUCGCUUAUAAUGCAUUGAUCAUGUGCUCUCAGGUGGCAGUGCAUCCACUGCAGAAGUACAUUGGCACAGCCGACUUGAAGUCAGACGACAUCAGUCAAAUACUUUAUAUCCAAUUGCCAACUAUUGUGUUGUGGCUGGCAUGGGAGUACCUGCUGGGCUACGAUAGCAGACGCUACUCAUUCUUUACGCACAUCAGAUCGGACGUCACUUUGGUGGCCUUCUUCUACGCGGUCAGCGUCGACCUCUUGCUCCGAUUUGUCGAGCAUCCCCUGCUCCACUCUGUGCGUCAAUUCAUUCCGAGCGACGUGCACACUGGCCAGCUCAUCUCAGGCAUGUACAUUCCCCUGUUCAUCUCCUUUGCUGGACAACUAUCCAACUCGAUAAUUGCCAAGAACCUCCCAUUAGCAAUGAUGGGCGACAUGGUUGGAAGAGUUGUGGAUGGCGUGCUUCAAUUCCUGAUUGUGAUCGUCUCACUACUUGUGUGCGUGGACUGGUGGGGCUGCGCAUCAUGCCCAUGCCAACCCGCUGGUCUAUUGUACAUCAUUGCCAACAAGUCCAGAGGACUGAUGAUCUGGGCACAUAUAUGCAAUGGCUUUGCCUCUCGAGUCCUUGGCUAA